CGGGCGGAGGGGCGGGGCGGGGCCGCUGCUCCGCGCUCCGCCAUGGCCGGCUCGCUGCGCGCGCUCCUCGGCCCCGCCGCCACCGCCGCCGCCGCUGCCGCGCGCCGCCGCGCGCUGGUCCCGUCGCCGCCCCGCCCCUUCCUCGGGGCGCGGGCCUGCAGCGCCGGGGCCCUGUUCCAGUACCUGGCGGUGCAGAAGACGGGAGCACGGCAGAGCGUGGGCCUGAUCCGGCUGAACCGGCCGCAGGCGCUGAAUGCCCUCUGCGAGGGGCUGAUGGAGGAGCUGCGGCGGGCGCUGGACACGCUGGAGAGCGACCCACAGGUGGGGGCCAUUGUCAUCACCGGCAGCGAGAAAGCCUUCGCAGCUGGCGCAGACAUCAAGGAGAUGCAGAAUAAAACCUUCCAGCAGUGCUACAGCGGUGGCUUCCUCGCUGGCUGGGACAAGGUCUCCACUGUCCGCAAGCCCAUCAUCGCCGCCGUCAAUGGCUAUGCCCUGGGUGGCGGGUGCGAGCUGGCCAUGAUGUGCGACAUCAUCUAUGCUGGGGAGAAGGCGCAGUUCGGGCAACCCGAAAUCCUUCUGGGCACCAUCCCAGGUGCUGGAGGGACUCAGAGGCUGACCAGGGCAGUGGGGAAGUCGCUGGCAAUGGAGAUGGUUCUCACUGGGGACCGGAUUUCAGCAGCAGAGGCAAAAGAGGCAGGUCUGGUCAGCAAAGUCUUCCCUGUGGAUAAGCUGCUGGACGCGGCCAUCGCCUGCGCCGAGAAGAUCGCCAACAACUCCAAGCUGGUGGCUGCCAUGGCAAAAGAGUCGGUCAAUGCUGCCUUUGAGACCACGCUGGCCGAGGGGACCAGGACAGAGAAGAGGCUUUUUUACGCCACCUUUGCCACCGACGACCGCAAGGAGGGGAUGACAGCAUUUGUGGAGAAGCGCAAGGCAAACUUCACUGACAGCUGAGCCCAGGGUGGUGCAGGUUACCACGGCUGCCUGCUGCUCAUCAACCCCCUGUGUCACCCCACGGAGGGGUCUGGGACCUGGCAGCGAGCGAUACGUGUGUGGGGUGAGACAACCAGCAGCACGGACCACCUUUGCCAUCACUAUUAAAAGGUUUUCCUGGCACUGA